GGAGGGGAAGUGAAGUAUCCGCCUCGGUUGGCUGCAGCAAGAAGCGCCCCUUGAGGCGGUGAAGGAGUCGGUGGGAGAACCUGAAGGAAGCAGAGUCGGGGAGGGGGGGAAAGACCAGACGACGUCACCAGCCCCCCCACCCUACCAGCCUCCCCCUCACCGUCUGAGCCGCCUGUCAAAACGGCGCUGUUCAGGACACGAGAAGCGGUUCCCUCAGCACAAGAUGGAGGCAGCCUGAGCCACGGCGACAUCCACACGCUGUUUUGCUCAUCUGUCUAGGUCCUUCACACAUCGGAGUUCUGCCUCUGGCAAAGGAGGAAUGGCUUUCAGUAAAGGAUACCGUAUCUAUCAUAAAUUGGACCCACCACCAUUCAGUGUGAUAGUGGAAGCCAGAAACAAGGAAGAAUGCCUUUUGUUUGAGUCUGGAGCUGUGGCUGUUCUCUCAUCUGCAGAGAAAGAGGCAAUCAAGAACAUGUACUCCAAGGUAAUGGAUGCAUAUGGACUUCUAGGUGUAUUAAGGUUAAAUCUUGGAGACACACUGCUACAUUACCUAGUUCUUGUCACAGGAUGUAUGUCUGUGGGAAAGAUUCAAGAUUCUGAAGUUUUUCGUGUUACUUCCACCGAUUUAAUAUCACUGCGAAUUGAUCCAUCUGAUGAAGAACGCAUCUCUGAAGUGCGCAAAGUUUUGAACUCAGGAAACUUUUAUUUUGCGUGGUCUUCUGCUGGGGUCAGUUUAGAUCUUAGUCUUAAUGCCCACCGUAGCAUGCAAGAACAAAGCACUGAUAACAGGUUCUUCUGGAACCAGUCGCUGCACUUGCAUCUGAAACAUUAUGGUGUGAAUUGUGAUGAUUGGUUGUUACGCCUCAUGUGUGGGGGUGUAGAGAUUCGAACAAUUUAUGCGGCACAUAAACAGGCAAAGGCUUGCAUUAUUUCUCGACUGAGCUGUGAACGAGCUGGAACCAGAUUUAACGUUAGAGGAACAAAUGAUGAUGGUCACGUAGCCAAUUUUGUUGAAACUGAGCAGGUGAUAUUCCUUGAUGAAUGUGUGUCAUCGUUUAUACAAAUUCGUGGAUCUGUUCCGUUAUUUUGGGAGCAACCUGGCUUACAAGUGGGAUCUCAUCGUGUCAGAAUGUCAAGAGGAUUUGAAGCAAAUGCACCUGCCUUUGAUAGGCAUUUUCAUACCCUUAAAAACAUAUAUGGGAAGCAAAUAAUUGUCAAUCUCCUUGGGUCAAAAGAAGGAGAGCAUAUGCUUAGCAAAGCAUUUCAGAGCCAUUUGAAAGCAUCUGAACAUGCUAAUGACAUCCAAAUGGUGAAUUUUGAUUAUCAUCAAAUGGUCAAAGGUGGAAAAGCAGAAAAGCUACAUAGUAUUCUUAAGCCACAGAUCCAGAAAUUCUUAGAGUGUGGUUUUUUUUACUUUGAUGGAAAGGAAAUUCAAAGGUAUCAGAGUGGUACUGUCAGAACAAACUGUUUGGACUGCCUGGAUAGAACAAACAGUGUACAGGCAUUCAUUGGCUUAGAGAUGCUAACCAAACAGCUGGAGAUUUUAGGUUUAGCUGAAAAACCACAAUUGGUUACUCGGUUCCAGGAAGUUUUUCGGUCUAUGUGGUCUGUUAAUGGUGACUCGGUCAGUAAAAUAUAUGCUGGAACUGGAGCUCUUGAAGGAAAAGCAAAGGCUGGAAAGCUGAAGGAUGGUGCACGUUCUGUGACCAGAACAAUUCAAAAUAACUUUUUUGAUAGCUCCAAGCAGGAAGCUAUUGACGUUUUGUUGUUGGGGAAUACCUUGAAUAGUGAUUUAGCAGACAAAGCACGGGCUCUCUUAACCACCAGCAGUUUACGUGUUUCAGAACAGGCAUUGCAAUCAGCAUCAGCAAAGAUACUGAAGAGUAUGUGUGAGAACUUUUAUAAGUAUUCAAAACCAAAAAAAAUUCGAAUUUGUGUUGGAACAUGGAAUGUCAAUGGUGGAAAGCAAUUUCGAAGUAUUGCCUUUAGAAAUCAAACAGUCACUGAUUGGCUUCUAGACGCACCAAAACUUUCUGGCAUCAGUGAAUUCCAAGAUCGAAGGAGCAAGCCUAUUGAUAUCUUUGCUAUUGGAUUUGAAGAAAUGGUAGAGCUAAAUGCAGGAAAUAUUGUGAGUGCAAGUACUACCAAUCAAAAGUUGUGGGCUGCUGAAUUACAGAAGACAAUCUCACGAGAUUACAAAUAUGUUCUGCUGGCUUCAGAACAAUUGGUGGGCGUCUGUCUUUUCAUAUUUAUCAGACCUCAGCAUGCACCAUUUAUCAGAGAUGUUGCGGUUGAUACUGUGAAGACUGGCAUGGGAGGAGCCACUGGUAAUAAGGGUGCAGUAGCUAUUCGAAUGUUGUUCCAUACCUCUAGUCUUUGCUUUGUAUGCAGCCAUUUUGCUGCAGGACAGUCACAAGUCAAAGAGAGGAAUGAAGAUUUCAUAGAAAUUUGUCGGAAACUAAGCUUCCCAAUGGGAAGACUGCUUUUUUCCCAUGAUUAUGUAUUCUGGUGUGGUGACUUUAAUUAUCGUAUAGAUCUUCCUAAUGAAGAAGUGAAGGAACUAAUUCGGCAGCAGAACUGGGAUUCUCUUCUGGCUGGAGAUCAGCUUAUCAAUCAGAAAAAUGCUGGGCAGGUGUUCAGAGGUUUUUUAGAAGGAAAAAUAGCCUUUGCCCCUACAUACAAAUAUGAUUUAUUUUCGGAUGACUAUGAUACUAGUGAAAAAUGUCGCACACCAGCCUGGACAGAUCGUGUGCUGUGGAAAAGAAGAAAAUGGCCUUUUGAUCGAUCAGCGGAAGAUAUGGAUCUUCUGAAUUCCAGUUUUCAUGAUGAAAGUAAACUUCUUUACACCUGGAGUCCUGGAACUUUGUUGUAUUAUGGAAGGGCAGAGCUGAAAACAUCUGAUCAUAGGCCUGUUGUUUCACUGGUUGAUAUAGAUAUCUUUGAAGUUGAUGCAGAAGAGCGGCAAAAAAUUUACAAGGAAGUGAUUGCAGUGCAAGGACCACCAGAUGGCACAAUAAUGGUUUCCAUAAAAGGGUCUUCGUCAGAAGAGAACUAUUUUGAUGACACUUUGAUUGAUGAACUACUUCAAAAUUUUGCAACUUAUGGUGAAGUUAUACUUAUAAGAUUUGUGGAUGACAAAAUGUGGGUGACAUUUUUGGAAGGGAGCUCUGCUUUGAACGUUCUGAACUUGAAUGGUAUUGAGCUUCUUGGGAAAACAAUUAACAUUAAUCUGAAAAGCCCAGAUUGGAUGAAGAGCUUAGAAGAAGAGAUUGAUUUGGAGAAAGUUAAUUUUGGACUGCCUUCGUCAACAAGUUCUACUUUGCUUUGUGAAGAUGCAGACGUUUCUGCAGACUACGAUAUGGAAGGUGAUAUUGAUGACUACAGUGCUGAAGUAGAAGAAAUCCUUCCUCAGCACUUGCAGCUGGCAGCAGGUUCUUGUCUUGGAGCUUCACCUGGCUCUUCACCUCGUUCAAGCCCCUGCCAGUCACCUACACUGUCAGAUGGACCCCCUCUAUCAAGGCCAAGCAGAACACCUAGCAAGACUCCUGGGCCUCCCAUAUCUUCUCAAGGUUCUCCAAUUGAUUUUCAACCAAUUUCCCAACAAAGAGAGUCUACUCAGGGUUUAGAACCCAAACGUCCACCUCCGCCUCGUCCAGUAGCACCUCCGCCUCGUCCUGCUCCACCUCAGAGGCCACCUCCACCAUCAGGGGGUAAGAGUCCUGCACCUGCUAGAAAGGAAUUUGGAGGUGUUGGUGCCCCUCCCAGCCCUGUUGUAGCUAGGAGAGAAGAAGCUCAAAAAAGCCCUGGACUACAAAGGAGAGAGAUAGUUCAUAGUCAGUCACCAACUGGAUUAACAAGCAUAGGAACUUCGGCACCCAGUACUUGUAGACCGACUAUUCCUCCUCGAGCUGGAGUAAUUAGUGCACCACUAAGCCAUGCCCGUUCACCUGUGGAAAGACAAACACCUGAACUCCAACCCAAACCUGCAGAACCACAAAAAGGGUCCCCUGUGCUUCCUGAACCACUUAAGCCACAGACUGCAGUUCCUGUUCAUCCCACCAUUCAGCCACCUUCAGUCCUAAAGAUGCAGGAUCCUCUGAUUCCUAUGACAGCAUCAUCUCAAACAAUUUCCCCCCAAAACCUGGAAGCACCACCACAACCUCCCCCUCGUAGCAGAUCAUCCCAAAAUUUGCCUUCUGAACCCAUUCCUUCACAGAAACAAAUUAAAGCAAAUGGAGUUCAAGCCUUUCAGCUGGAAAUAAAGCAAAAUAAUGAUCCUUUUGAAGAUCUGUCCCUUCGCUCUCUUUCUGCAUCCAAGAUUCAGUCAACAGUUCAAAUAUCACCAGUUGAACCUUUGAGCCAAAAGGAAAUGUCAACGUUGCUUUCUGCAACAGACAAUUUUAAUACUUUGAGUAAUGUAAAUUGCAUGCCAGCAAUGCCACUUACAAUGUAUAAUAAAUCUGAUGUGCAGAUGCAUACUUCUCCAAAUCCUUUUGCUACCAGAGUAAAUAGCACAAAUCCAUUCCCUGAACAAACUACAAAUGCUGGAAACCCAUUUAGAAUAGAAUCUGGAGUGACUUCACAUUGCUCAAUAGAAGGACAUGCAGCUUAUCCUUUCCUUCCCCUAAAGCCUCCUGGUAGUCAUAAAGGCAAGCCUGCAUUUUAUGCCAAUACAUUUCAAGAAAAUUUCAGUCUGCAGAGUACAUCUUCUAUAACUAACAAUGUAAAAUCAAAAGGAUGGGUCACUUUUGAUGAAGAGGACUUGGUGCUGAAGCUAAAACCACUGGAUAAUCCUACAGAAUUAAGAGGUAGUUCCAUGGAAGCAACAUAUUUCCCAAGUUCCCUGAGCACUGAACAAAAUCUCUUUGGCUCAAAUGAUUCCAUUUACAGUGACUGGAACCAAAGUGCUGAUUCUCUUCAUCCAUUGCCAGCCAGACCUGCACCGGCCCCUCCUAUACCAUCCAGGACAACAAGUACCAAAUCAGCUACAGACCCUCUCUCUUCCCUGGCAACUAAGAUUUUGUCCACACAAGAUUGUACUAAAAGAUAAGUUCUUUAAAAUGAGAUAUUAAGUUAUUUUUAAGAAUAUCUAGUAGAAUUGGGCAUUGAUGUAAUUCUAUGUGCAAUAAUUAUUUUGCUGAAUGCACUGAAUCUUAAAUAUCAGUAGUCAUUAUGUACAGAUGUUAAAGAUGUGGAUAUAUGAUAAUGCACAAAGUUAAUUCCAUAAGAGAUCUCACUAUGCCACUUCUAAUAGGGCACAAUGAAGGGAAAGUUAUGCAUACUUAAGACCCAUUAAAUCCAUAGGGCUCCAGUAUCAAAUUAGGCGUUUCCUUCUGUUAAUGCCAAUCAAGUGGGCAAGCAUUGCUUUCUCUUAGUGUUGCACAUAAUUGUUUUUCGUACAGAAAAAUGUAAAGAUUGUUUGGAGUAUCUGACUGAUGGAGAAUCUAUCAUCACUUCCAAUAGCUGGUAUAUUUAUUAAGUAUUUUACCAAAGAACUUUCAAAGUUUAAAGAGAAUAAGUUGCACCAGAGGUUUUUGAAGAUUUGGAGCAGUGUAUUCCAUACAACUUGAGUCAAAACAAACCUGUGUAAAAUAAGCAACAUGUAUUGUCUUAUUUUGCCUGUGACUGCAUACAUAUUUUGCAUACAUGGGAAAUGCUAUAUUUAACAUCACAAAAUAAAUUUAUUAUUCCAGUUUCAUUAAACUUCAGUUCUGGACAUGAUUUGUACUAAAGAACUUUCCCAUUCUAAGUUCAUGUAAAAGGAUUAAUCAUUCCUGUUUGAUUUCAAGUGUCUUUUUUAUGUGAAGUCUCUCCUGUAUGUGAAGAUCCAGGAUAAAUAAUCAGAUAUGUGGUCCAUAUAUUUCAAGUACAUUUUGCUCAGCUUCUUCUCUCAUUAUGUAAAAUAGUACUAUAUCUCAAACUGGACUUCACAGAACAAAUGUUUUGCCAAUUAUUGCUGUUCUGGUCUGUCAAGCUUUUGGGGUAUGUUGUUGUAUCUUUACCCACAGACCAAAGCUUCAAUAGUACAUGGUUUAUUGAGGCUGAUUUGCUCACAGCUUUGAAAACUUGAAGAUUACCUGUAUCCCAUUUUUUAAAUGAAUGUUGGUAUCAUGAAGGAAGCUUAGUUUUUAGUUCCUUCACUUGUUCAUAAUACCAUUGCUAUUUAUAUUGCUUUCUUUUUUAACUGAUGAAAGAUCUUAAAGACUAGCCUUGACCUAUAUGUCUACUCUUAUUGACUCAGGUUUCUGGAUUGAUCCUAAAAAGCUCUGAAUAGAGUACUGAAAGAGUAUUUGCCACCUCCCUUUCUCAGCAAACCCUCAGGAACCACAUGGGAUACAGCCUGCAGAAUAUAUCAAUGCAAAAUCAAUAGAAAUCCCACCCACUUUCUGUCACCCAGCAGAGAAAUAUUACUGAGGGAGAGUGAUGUAUUCCACAAAUUCCUUCAUAAUGUGCAUCAUAUUAUUCCCAAAGGUUCCUCUAGCUUGAACGGCAUCUUUUCAUGGCCUAUGAUAGGAUAGGUGAGGCAGCAAAAAAACACUUGCAUGAAUUCAUUUCCUUUGCCAUUCUAUAGUAUUCUGUUCUGGUGGGAUCUAUAAGGGAAACAUCACAUCUUAACAUUCCACUGAGCAGCAAAAGUAAAGUUCUAAAAUUAUACAAGUAUCUUUAUAUAAAUCACUUAUCUAAAAAUGCACAACCAGUAACUGCAGUUGACUAAAGAACAUAACUUCCAUAUUGUGCUUUUACAGUUAAGUUCUUUUAAAAGUACUUGUACAUCUUAAACAACAGUAGUACUAUAAAUCUUGUUCUUUAGUAUGUGACUUAACUAGUUAAAGCUCUGGAUAUUGACCUCUAUGUGAGUGUGCUUUAAUAUAUAUCUUAUGUUAGCAAAUCAGUUUUGUUUUGGAAAGUUUGUGCAAAAAUACAGUUCAGUGAUAUGUAGUCCUUUUUCAUAAUUUAAAAUGUAGGUCCCAACACCAUUACUGGAUUACAAAAUUUGAUAGGCAAGUAUGGCAAAAGUUGAAACAAAACAACUGCAAGCAUAAGAUGUUAACCAUUGUAAUGUGUAUUGUUAAAAGGUAAUUAUUAGCAGAGUCUAAACUAUCAAUUAUAUAUAAAAAGCUAUAUAUUUUCAUGGAGUGUGUUCCCUGUGACAAAUUGCUUUAUUAAUUUGUAACAGCUUACUGCUUGUGGUACAUUGUCAGACUGUAUCCAUUACAGAACUAUAGUAUUAACUUGUUGGGCUACAAUAUUCCAUACAUAUCCUGUGAAAUGUGAUGUUAAUGAAAUAAAUAUACUCUUCUUUCAGAA